UAUAUUUUUUAACUCAAGCUUAGUCAGUAACAAUUUCAAGUUUUAUUGGGGUUUUCUGGGAGAAUGUUUUUAUUUAAUUCUGAUUUUUAUUUAUCUAAAUUCUCGAUGUUUUAAUUUUAUUCUGAUUUUUAUGAAACAUUGUUUUUGUUUAAUUCUGAUUUUGUUUUGUUCUGAUUUUAUUCAACUUUCAAUGUUUUUAUUUAGUUCUGAUUUUAUUAAACUCUUAAUGUUUUUAUCAGAUUCUGAUUUUUUUAAACAAUGUUUUUAUUAAAUUCUGAUCCUAUAUUUAAACACACUAAUUUCCUACGCAGUUCCUUAAAUAAUUUUUAAAUUUCAAAGAUCAGCAAAAUUUUUUUCAAAAAUUAAAAAAAUAUAAAACCUUCAAAAAUCAUAUUUCAAUUUAAAUCUAUUUUUAAUAAUUAUUUAUAAUUUCCCUUGAUUUAAUCUUUAAACACCUAAUAAUCUUUUUAUAAACUGUCUGGAAGGGUUUGUAUUUCAUCUAUUUUUGAAUAUUUGUUUGAUUUUAAUUCUGAUUUUUUCAGAAUGUUUUUAUAGUUGUUUUAAUCUGUGGUUUGUUUGUGGUCGUGUUUGAAUGUUUAAUAAACAUUUGUUCUUCGAAAAGUUGAAUGUUUGGGUGUUUUUCUUUGUUUUUGUGUUUCACUUUUGUUUAAUUCUGGUUUACAUGAGGCGUUGUUUUUAUUUAAUUCUGAUUUUUCCGGAACCAAAAACAAACAAUUCGUUUUCCGGAAAUGUUUUACAUGCAUAAAAACAAAUUGUUUAAAUCGCUAACAACCCUUCCCCCUUCCCUAAUGCCAAAAAUAUAUUAAUUUUUUUUUAUUUUUUCCUCAACUUCCGAGUCCUCAAAACAUCUGUUGUUCUUUUUUCUCUACAAAAAAAAGAUUUAAAAAUAUCCUUUUUCCAAAAAAAUUAUUUGACGUUGAAAAAUCACUCAAAAAAGGCUUCCGAUCAUUUUUAUAUUUUUCUUUAUUUAUUUUUCUUUUUUUAUUUACUGCCUUGCCCACCCGCAUUUUUUUUUCUAGCUUGCUUUCCCCCUCAUUUAUAAGUUUAGGAACCUUGACGCAAACAAUUAUUUCCUCUUUUUUUCUUUUAAAAAUUCAAAAAUUGAAAAAAUUUUU